AUGGCGGGAUGCCCGCAAUGGAAGCAAAGGAAGGACAAAGACUUGAGAGUUGAGGCUGACAGCAGCCGAGGCGGGGGACGUCAGUGGCUUAGGCGUUCAGUUCGGGGAGCAUCCGCUCCAGGAGAGUACCGUUGCGGCGAGCACUCUUGUGUGAGAGUCACUCAGCUCGCUCUCAGAGGUCACUCAGCUCGCUCUCAGAGGUCACUCAGCUCACAACCACUCAGCUCGCUCUCAGAGGUCAAUCAGCUCACAGCCACUCAGCUCGCUCUCAGAGGUCACUCAGCUCACAGCCACUCAGCUGCUCUCAGAGGUCACUCAGCUCACAACCACUCAGCUGCUCUCAGAGGUCACUCAGCUCACAACCACUCAGCUGCUCUCAGAGGUCACUCUGCUCACAACCACUCAGCUGCUCUCAGUGGUCACACAGCUCACAACCACUCAGCUGCUCUCAGUGGUCACACAGCUCACAGCCACUCAGCUCGCUCUCAGAGGUCACUCAGCUCACACCAAGAUGAAGCCACCUCUGCCGCUUGGCUUCCUCUUCUGGCUGUCACUAGUCUCAGUGUGAUCGUGCGCUACUCCUACUGUAACCUAAAAGCUCGCACAGCAGUCGUCUUCGUUCUCGUGCCCACCACGACAGUGCACGUCGCAUCAUCAGUGCACGUCGCAUCGUCAGUGCACGUCGAAUCGUCAGUGCACGUCGCAUCGUCAGUGCACAUCACAUCAUCAGUGCACGUCGCAUCGACAGUGCACGUCGCAUCAUCAGUGCACGUCGCAUCGUCAGUGCACGUCGCAUCGACAGUGCACGUCGCAUCAUCAGUGCACGUCGCAUCGACAGUGCACGUCGCAUCAUCAGUGCACGUCGCAUCGUCAGUGCACGUCGCAGCGUCAGUGCACGUCGUAUCGUCAGUGCGGGCAUGCAAGUCUCAUCUUUUCCACCCAAACCAGUUUCGGUGGAUCGUUCAACUAGGGCCUCUAGCGUCACCGUCGCUGCUGCCUCGAGCGCUGCUACACGUAACAACGUAA